UCUUUUGGGAGUUCGAGCCCAGUAGUUUAGAUGCUUCUCCCAAGUACUCAAGAGAGAAAACUGCUCCUAUUACAAGUAUGAAAAGGGAAAGACGGCUAAAAUAGCUGAAUUUGUGUCAUGUAGUUAGGAAUUUGUUCCAGUUAGUCCACUGAAAAUUCUAAUCCUUUGGCUCUUUAUCGUCUGAGGAUCAUGACUUUGACCCUUCUGCUGAAAUGCUGGUACAUGAUUAUGAUGAUGAGCGAACUCUUGAAGAGGAGGAGGAAAGGAUGGAAGAAAACAAAAAUUUCAGCUCUGAAAUUGAAGAUUUGGAAAAGGAAGGAAAUAUGCCAUUGGAAGAUUUACUGGCGUUUUAUGGCUAUGAACCUGUGAUUCCAGUUAUGACCAGUUCCAAUGUGGAUAGCUCUCGAAGCGAACUUGCAGAUGAACUUCCAGAUAUGACUCUAGAUAAAGAGGAAAUAGCUAAAGACCUGUUGUCGGGUGAUGAUGAAGAAACACAGUCCUCUGCUGAUGACUUGACACCAUCAGUUACUUCACAUGAGGCUACCGACUUCUUUCCUCGGCCAUUAAGAUCAAACACUACAUUUGAUGAAGAUAAGGAAUCAGAUGGUGAAGACAUAGAGGCAGACAGUGGCAAUUCAUCUGAAGAUUUAAGAAAGGAAAUAAUGAUUGGUUCACAGUAUCAAGCUGAAAUUCCACCUUACCUUGGCAGACACAGUGGUAAUGAAAAGGAAAAUGAAGAUCAUUUACUUUGGAAACCUGAUGUGAUCUCAGAAAAUAAAGUUAAAGAAUACCUUUUUGAAACCUCCUUAAGAAGAGGAAAUGAAAACAUGAUUGGCAGAAUUCCAGGACUGCAUAUACGGGACAAUGAACAAGCACUUUAUGAACUUCUCAAAAGUAGCCAUAAUGUUAAAGAAGCAACUGAGAGAUACUGCUCAAAUGGAAAGGCAUCUCAGGAAGAGAUGACAGCAUGGACAGAAGAAGAAUGCAGAAGCUUUGAACAUGCACUUCUGAUUUAUGGAAAAGACUUUCAUCUCAUACAGAAAAACAAGGUAAGAACCAGAACAGUUGCUGAGUGUGUGGCUUUCUAUUACAUGUGGAAAAAGUCAGAACGUUAUGAUUACUUUGCUCAGCAAACAAGAUUUGGAAAGAAGAGAUAUAACCAUCAUCCAGGAGUUACGGACUACAUGGAUCAUUUGGUAGAUGAAGCAGAAGCCCUUGGUGGAGCAGUACAUUCUUCAGCCUUAACAUCUAAUACUCGAUCAGAAACCAUUCCUGAUCAACAGCUGAGCAUUCUGAACUCUAUCUCUGCCAAUGAGUUGACAGCAUUGACAAAUAAUGUAGCUACAGUCUGCCACACUUCGGAUGUGAACUGCCUGGAUGAUGCCUUUACUCCUAUGGACAGCUUACCCCGAGCACCAGUUAAUCAUGUACCUGUUGGAACAGAAGAAUUGCUUAACUUACCUAGCAAUGGUGAAAGUGAUUGUUUUAAUAUAUUUGAGACUGGAUUUUAUCAUUCAGAGCUAAAUCAAAUGAACAUGUGCAGUGAGGAAACAGAAAGACCUGCAAAGAGAUUGAAAAUGGGUAUUGCUGUCCCAGAAUCUUUCAUCAAUGAUGUCUCUGUAAAUAACCUUGGUGUGGACUUUGAGAACCAUACACACCAUAUUACCAGUGCAAAAAUGGCUGUUUCAGUGGCUGACUUCAGUAGUUUAUCUGCAAAUGAGACAAAUGGUUUUAUCAACACCCAUGCUCUUCACCAACAUAAUGCCUUUCACUCAGAAUGACUGGAAAACUAAACAAACAGUGGGUACUUGAUGCAGUAGUAAUAAACUUGAUGGGAGCUAUCAGGUUUGCUUAGUCUUUCACUGGAAGUUUGAACUUUGACAUCAGUGAUGUCUUUUUAUGUAUAGAACUAUAUCUUGAUUUAUCAAGAGUAUUUUCUUUUUUCAGUCCAUAAAUGUGGAAAUGUUUGGCAGAAUUUGGGUCUAAGAGAACUCUGUGGUGCAGCUUUAAACUCUACUUCAAUGUUGUUUUUUAAAGCCUGUAGACAGGCUGCCGUUUCAAAACCAGCACAGAAGUUCUGAACUGAUUGGAGUGACUUUUUAGUCUAAGUUACUUUUGCUGUAACAGAUGCAGUGUAGUAACAAUGAUAACAGAUACCAAUCCUGAUCCCUGCUCACUGUAGCUUGGUUUUGUUUGUUUUUUUCUUAUAAAGGCAGAUAUGAAUUUCUUUAAGUUAUACUGCACAAACAUUCAAGGAUGUGUUUUAAAUGGAACCUUCUCUUGUGAUACUAGAGCACUUCAGUUUAAAAAUACAGCAAGUUUAUCUUGAUGGAAGCUAGCAUAAAGGACUUAACAUAAGUAAAAUAUGAAGACCUACACUUGGAUGCUGUUGCAAAAGCAUAGGCUAUGGCUACCUUACACAGAAGUAAUUAUACUGCUAGAGGUAUCUGUGUACUUUAAACUCGCUGGUUUAAACAGAUAUAUUUUAGGCUUUUAUAUUCAGAUGGGGUUUGUCCAUGACUUUGAAGAUUAAUGCACCUGUAUAAUUUAACUUUCCUAAGGUAGAUGAUGAUGCAUAAAGCUACAGUCUGCACAGCUUAAGAUUUACCACUAAACAGUCUACAUUCUGGAAGACAUCUUAAAUUGUUUGGAGCACUGCAGUUCAAAGUGUUACAGUUUUGAGUAACCAUCUAAUUUAUAUAUAAAGUAGUAGAACCUUGAAUUAUGUAUUUGAAAGUUUUUCUUCAAUGUGAAUUGCAUCUAUUAUUUUAGCAAGUCAUUGGCUCAAAAAUGUUACUUCACUGCCUUGGUCAAAUAGGAAAGGAUGAGUAAAAAUAUUUCCCAUAAAAGCUGCUAUUUAACUUCAGUAAUUUUUUUUGUUUGAACACUGAGUGCAAUUUAGCCAUCCACAAAGUUUCUUAAAAAUGUUUGUUCUAAUUCCCACGAGAGAACAUUACUUCAGUAGGAUUACCCCUUUCCCUUUCUACCUUUUAUUUGCACUGUUUGUAUUACAAAUUUAAUUGCCACUAACCUGUUUUCAUAAUUGCAGUAAUUAAGCUUGCAUUGUUGAUAUUUUCUGCUUCAAGGUUAUGCUGAGUUAUUAGAAAGUAGUGACUGCAGUAUUUGAAAAGGAAGAGGGUAAUUAUUAUGCAUACUGUGAACUGCAUUGACAUCCUGAGUUUUGGAUGCAGUGUAUGGAGUUUUCUUUAGAGUACUGUAAUAAAGAUUGCUUUGAAAUGUUUAUGCAAUAGAACAUUUACUAUAUUAAAACAAAUUAGAUUAGCACAGUGGACAAAAGUAAAGAUAAUUUUGUAAUAAGUUCUUAACUUACUCAUCUGAAAUAUGUAAUUCUAGUAAGUACACGGUAAAUAAUGGGUAGCCUUAGCCCUGUGUUGUACUCUGACAUUUUUAGCCAAGUUGUCGGCUUCUUGUUGCUAUGUUUUGUGCUGAAGUGCAUACCUUGUUUCUUUUGUUUAUGGAACAACACAUCUUAUGUAAUUUUGUAAAAUACUGGACAUUGUUAUACAUUCAAGUUUCUGGGUUUACAGUGAGUGACUGGUCUGUAUAAAAAUCAUUAUACAAAGAUGACUGAAUGCUUAUACCAGUUGCACUUCAAUGAGCAUGACCAUUCUUAUUAGCUGAUGCAGUAAUAUAUUCAAUUUAUCUAUGCAUUGCUGGACUCUUAAUUUAGACAGAGGCUUGUCUAAGGUUUGGGUUGUCAGCAAGUUGAAUGGACACUUUAGUUAUUUAAGAAAGACUUUUGACCAAAAUUCAGAAAAUUAUGAGAGAGAAAUUAAUUCCACCUAGUCUAAUAGAUUUUAAAAUUCUGAUCUUAUUUAGCCUGUUGGCUAGCUAGCUGGUAUUGUUUUAAUUCCUUGUUAAAAUGAGGCAAUAAUUUGAAAGAUUUUGUAAAUAUGUACAUUCUUCUUUUUAGAUACCUAUUUCAAUAUUUUCUGACUACUACUGUGUAUAGUAACAUUUCUGUGCAUGCUUGAUGUGACAUUCAUAAAUUUGUACCACUGACUUUAUCCAUGUAAAGUAGCUAUUUAUUGAAUUUUUCUUUUGGAAACUGAACUUAAUUCUUUUUCUCUCAGUUUAAACAUUUAAAAUGGAGAAUUUGUUACUGUUUAUUAAAAGAAUUGUGUUUUGAAAGUCAUCGUGAAGAUAAUUGAAUUGCAACCCUAUGAAGAAAUUGUAUUGCCUCGGUUCUUUGAUGGUGAAGCACAAUUCUUAUAACAAACUGUGAUGAAUUCUUUCUCCUCUGACAUAUUUUUUCUUUAUAGAAACAAACAAAAAAUCCAUAAUGGACAAUGACAGUGUUGGUAAAUGUAUCCAUUUAUGUACAGGGAAGCUGAAGAGGAUAGCCAAUUAAUUUAAAAGUGUAACUUGGUACUGUGAUUAUAGCAAUACUUUUAAUUUGGUUACUUGUAUGUCAUAUUCUCAUGCUAGGAUUUAUACGUUUAGUUUUCCUCUUGUCAUAGUCAAACAUCUUGAAGAAAACUAAAUCAUGUACUACUAUUGUGCAAUUGUUUCCUGGUUUUAAGUUUUAAAAAUGAGGGUCAAAAAUGUCUGAAAAUUUCAGUUCACAUAGAACAUAGUUAUAAUAGUUAAUUUAACCAAAGUCUCUAGGUGAAUAUUUCAACUUUGAAUGUAAACUAAUGGAUAAACUAACAGGGACACUAUUUGCCCAGCAUUACAAGCACAUUGUCUACAGACGAGGAAACUAAAUACAGUAAUUUAUAAAAUAAUGACAAGGCUACUAUUUUUUAAUUCCUAUUUUUCAUUGGAAGAAGGAAAAUACUAUCAGUUGUAAAAUACAGUAGGUAUGGUUAUAGUCCUCUUAAUAAAACAGAUAUUCCAGUUAUUCAAAGUACCCUGUGCAUAACAAAUUGUGACAAUCUGUUUUAAUAUCAGAUGUUCAAGAGAAAGUUGCUAUUGUUGGUUUUAAUAUUUGUACAUAAACA